AACACUUCCGGGACCGGACAGACAAGUUGUUGAUGCUGCGAUUAAAAACUUUGUGUCUGAGGUUUGUUUCCAGUUUGGAGCAGGAAAAAAUGAACAAGGUGGUUUUGGUGACGGGAGCAAACAGUGGCAUUGGCCUGGCGCUGUGUGAGCGUCUCCUCUCUGAGGACACAGAGGGUCUCCAGCUGUGUCUGGCCUGCAGGAACAUGCGGCGUGCUCAGGCAGCUCGCUCCGCCCUCCUCACCUCUCACCCCACAGCCCAGGUGGCACUGCUGCAGAUGGACACCAGCAGCAUCUCCUCUGUCCUCUCUGCUGCUCAGGAGGUCAAACUCAGGUAUAACCGGCUGGACUACCUCUACCUGAACGCAGGCAUCAUGCCAAACCCACAGUUUGAUGUAAAAGCCUUUUUCAGAGGCCUCUUCUCCAGCCGCAUCAUCGCCAUGUUCGCCACUGGUGAGGGAAUUCUGACGCAGGAGGACUGUGUCACCCCUGACGGCAUGCAAGAAGUUUUUGCGACCAACCUCUUUGGUCACUUCCUGUUGAUCAGGGAGCUGGAACCAGUUCUGUGCAGAGCAGGCGUGACGUCCCAGCUGAUCUGGACCUCCUCCAGUAACGCUCAUCACUCAGCUUUUAACCUUGAAGACAUACAGCACCAGAGAGGCACCCAACCUUAUAGCUCCUCCAAAUACGCCUCUGACCUGCUCAGCCUGGCGCUCAACACACACUACAACAAACAGGGUCUGUACUCAUCCGUCAUUUGUCCUGGUUUUGUGAUGACCAAUCUGACCUACAGUAUCCUGCCCUCCUUCCCAGCCUUCCUCUGGACGCUGCUCAUGCCUGUCUUCUGGCUUAUAAGAAUCUUCACCAACACGUUCACCCUGACCCCUUAUAAUGGAGCUGAAGCCCUGUUCUGGCUGUUUAAGCAAAAGCCUGAAUCACUGGACCCUCAAGCCAAGUACCACAGCUUAACAUCUGGGCUGGGCAACAACUACACACAGCCACGCAAGAUGGAUAUUGACUUGGAUACAUCAGACGCUUUGUACGAGAAGCUGCUGCAACUUGAAACUGAAGUAAGAAAGAAACUGAAGGAAAAACAAAAAGAAUCCGCAGCAAGGUCACAGUAGUCCUGCAGGACCCGGAUCAUCUUGCGUAUGACACACUUCUGGGAUGGAGAGUAUUUUAUUCCUGUCUGGCCGGUCACCUGGGAGACAGACCUCACAAAAAUAACUGUGUCCUGACACAGCAACAUGCAAGCCUGAAUUCACAGCACUAAUUAACAAGUUGCAGCAUGAAUUAAAGUGUCUGUUA